AUGCUUCACCUGCUCAGGUUGAACCGUCCUUUCAGCAGAAAAGCACCCACAACAGCAAUCACAACAUCAACUCGUCAAACAUCUACCAUGGCCGGACAACACGAAGCUGCCAUUCUCCCCCAGCAGGGCGGUCCCUUGUCUCUUGGCAAGCGUGCCACCCCGGAGCCCGGUCCAAACGAUGUUCUUAUCGAAGUCAAGGCCGUUGCCUUGAACCCCUGCAAUCAUUUCCAGCGUGACUAUGGUAUGCCUCCGGUGCCUAUCUACCCUGCUAUCAUCGGAUCCGAUACUGCUGGUGUUGUCGCCAAGCUGGGCUCGAAUGUCACCACGGUCCCUGGUCCAGGAAGCCGAGUCAUUGCCUUUGCCUCAUCUUUCUACCAGAACGGCUCCCCCGACCACGGUUCUUUCCAAAAGUACACUUUGGCACAAUCCGAAGCCGUCAUCCCACUUCCAGACAAUCUCUCGUUUGAGGAAGGCGCGGUCUUCCCCUUGGCCGUCUUGACUGCCUUGACUGCCUGGACGACAAUCGGCAUUCCGCUCGACACCAAACACACUCCCGCGGACAAACAAGCGGUCCUGAUCUGGGGCGCAUCGAGUAGUGUAGGCACGUUUGCCGUUCAAUCGGCCAAGACACUUGGCUUCACUGUCUACGCCACCGCCAGUCCCAAGCACCAUGACCUCGUCAAGAAGCUCGGAGCCCAUGCGGUUUUCGAUUACAGGGCAAGCGAUGUCUUCUCUCGGAUCGUCAGCGCCGUGAAGAAGGAUGGUACAGCUAUAUUCGAAAUUGGCUUCCAUGCUUUGCGCAAGAAGACUGUUUCUAGAACCCUAACCCAAAACACGCUAGGCCUAACACGGAUAGUAUCGAUGCAGGGGCUGCUACGUCAAAGUUACGCAGAACUGUUUUUUCAAAACACCGUUACAACCAGUGUACUUUACACUUAG